CUGAUUUGGCAGUGGUUAGGACAGUACUGCCUUAUAUGUCGGUGGUUGAGGGCGGUUCGACUCUCCUCUCUGCCCACAACACCCUCUGUUGCUGAUACACGAUGUUCGAUCGAUUUAAGUUUUCUAAAAGAGGACACUCUCCUGCGCCUCCCGGUGGCCCAUCGCGACCCUCGACCUCUGUUCGCGACCUCCAGAUCACUACUGCUCCAACUGAAAGUGAUGCAACAACUAGCACAGAUCGCGGCGGAUCUGAUAGACCCCGUCUUAAGUCUCUUACUACUACUAGCGAUAGUUCUCGAGGCCGGGGGCAGCGGUGGUCUGUUCGGCACACUAUAGCCAAGUUGUUGAGCAGAAGUCCCAGUCCCAAUCCCACUCAUGUCGACCAAUCGAAAUCCUCCAAUCCCAGACAAUCUGAUCCAUCUAUGCCUGAUCCUCCAUCCCCUAUUCUAUCGCCAUUUCCCGUUCUCCCUGAGGGGGCCAUUGAUAUCAGCGAGCGCAUCAUCCACGGCAACACUGAGACUCCCCACCCACCACCAGGACGCACGGGCAUGAACUUAGACACCCCAUCGUCAAUAGAUCGAACACCAUCAUCUUCGGCCGUCCCUGCUGGUGACGGAAAGAAAACAAUCAUCGCCACCACAAGGCUCGUCCUCCAGACUGCGGCCUCUGCUCUUAAGUUCGUCCCCAUUGCGAAUCUUGACCAGAUACCAAAUAUACUCCUAUCGUGGCUCCAAGUUUAUGAGACCAUCGACAACAAUGACGAAAAUCUCAAAGGAUUAGAUGAUGAAGUCCGAGACGCUCAUGAAACGAUCUUUAGGCCUCUCCAGUUGUGGACUGGCAAAGUUCCUCCCGAAAUAGUGCUCUAGAACAACAAUUAAAGCAAAUUGAGGCACUCAAACGUCAAAAGCUUGCCAAGAGGGUAAUUUUAGCGACUGAGAUAACCCAGGAAAUAAGCAAUGUGAAGUCCUGUAUCCAUGAUGCUGUCUCUCGCUUUACGACCGCUGCGACGACUUUGAAUCUCCUCCACACAAUUCAGUCAUCGGUGGA